AAAUGUUUCGUUACUUUCGUAAGUCGUGGCCAAAUUGCAUCUCAUAGGUUGAUUUCCAACAAUGAGAGCGAUUUCUAAAUCAUUUCAACUGAAGUCGUCAGUUUCUCUUUUACUGUUCCCAUUUUCGCGUGGAGAAGAGCACGAUUUGAUGGCGAAACCGGCGGCCGAUAACCGGAGCAACCGAGCGGCGGUCCAAGCUACCAACGAUGACGCCUCCGCCAGCAAGCUGUCUUGCGUCAAGAAAGGAUAUAUGAAAGAUGACUACAUCCAUUUGUUCGUUAAAAGGCCUGUGAGGAGAUCCCCCAUAAUUAACCGUGGAUAUUUUGCUCGGUAUGCGGCUCUUAGGAAGCUUCUUUAUGAGUUCCUUGACUGUGGGGAAAAUAUGGAUGAAAAAAACAAGAAGCAAAUAUUGUCUCUUGGAGCUGGCUUCGAUACUACAUUUUUCCAAUUGCAGGACGAAGGGAAAGCACCUUAUCUGUAUGUGGAAUUAGAUUUCAAAGAGGUGACAAGCAAGAAAGCUGCUCUUGUAUGGAACUCGGUUCAGUUGAGGAGCAAGGUUGGUGAAGCUGCAUCAAUCUCACAAGAGAAAGGAGAAGUUCUGGGAGAUCACUACAAACUUCUCCCUGUCGACCUGCGUGAUAUUGAAAAACUUGAUGAUAUAAUUUUAUUGGCUAGCAUGGAUCCAAGUUUGCCGACUUUUAUUAUUGCAGAAUGUGUUCUUAUAUACUUAGAUCCUGGGUCCAGCCGUGAUAUAGUUGGAUGGGCUUCCAGAACAUUUUCUACAGCUAUAUUUUUCUUAUAUGAGCAGAUACAUCCUGAUGAUGCUUUUGGGCAACAAAUGAUAAUGAAUCUGGAGAGUCGAGGAUGUGCAUUGUUGGGCAUCUACGAUACUCCAACUUUACAUGCGAAGGAGAGGCUUUUUCUUGAUCAAGGAUGGCAGAAAGCUGUUGCAUGGGAUAUGCUGAAAGUUUAUAGAACAUUUAUUGAAGCGGAAGAAAGACGCAGGAUUAGAUUUGAUCUCAUCAUGAGUCCUGAUUUAAGAUAUUUGCACUAUCAUGUCGUUUGCUUGUCUGGAAACUUCGGUAAUGAAAAUAGGAAAUUUGUUGGUUUGCAAAGUUUGAGUUACAUUACAGAGAUCCAAAGCUAUCUUGCUUGCAUGGAGCAUUAUUGUGUGACCUGUGCCAUCAAUGAUGCACUGGGUCUGUUCGAAAAUUUUGGCUUUCCUAAAGAGGAAAUCGUGACUAAUUCUUCCCCACAAGCAACUGUCUGAGUCCACUGGACUAAUUCAGAGCAUACAUAUUCUGAAAGCACCAUAAUUAGGAUUAGGUUCGAGGCACUUUAGUUAUUACUGGUGAUGCGUGUGGAUUUAUUUAUAUAAAUUACUCAGUGUGGAAAAAUAAUGUUCCUUUCUUCUUGCUGACUGGAAAAUAUGACAUUGGAGCAUAAAAUUGUUUCAACUGUGGUCUUGUUUAAAUCUCUUUACGAUAACCUGUUCCUACCCUUCUAGGUAGUGCCAGCAUGGAGUUUAUUACCGUUAGAUCAACACACACCUGAGUGUGAGAAUGUGUUUGAUCCAACGGUAACAAACAAAUACUUACGCGGGUAAAAUCGAACUUGCCCUUUUUCACCCCGUGUGGGGCAAAUAAUUCGAGCUGAUUUUUAGUGGAAUAUAUAAUCAAGAUCUGUUGUGUUAUCUACUGGAUUAUAUGAAGGAGAAAGUAAAAGAAUUUUAAGAUAAAUGUGUGAUUCUGAUAGUUG